CAUAACAUGCGCAGAACUUGACAGUUUCAAACGAUCGCUGCAUUUGUCAGGUUAUAUGCGAGAAUUUACAAGUUUUUAAUAUAUAUUAACAAAAACAAUGUAUAUAAGUAACAUACAACGGAAGGAAAACAUUCGAACUGUAGCUUUAAAAUAUCUGCGUAAACAUGGAAUCAAGUACAGAGCAAAAAAACGCCCGUCGGGAUUUCUCCAGACAAGGGCUUCAGAAACUAAAAAGUUCGGGGUGCCGCUUAGUGAACUUGAAGUUAAAACAGUUACACUCAUAAAUGGUGAACAAAUAGUUGUACCAAAGAUCCUCUGUGACAUGGUACACUUCAUACGAAAUGAUAUUGGACUUGAGGGUGUCUUUCGUAAAGAAAGCACAAAUAAAAAAAUUAAGGAACUUAUUAAUCUAAUUGAGAAGAAUGCUGAUAUUCCCAGUGAAUAUUCUGUAUAUGAUAUGGCAGUUGUGCUUAAAAGGUUUCUUAGAAACCUUCCAGAGUCUCUUAUUCCAGAGAAUUAUCGUGACAUGUUUCUUCAAUGUAUGGAUCUGGAAAACAAAAAAUAUUUAAUAAUGUUGGCAUGUUUGUUACUUCCCUCAGAGAGUGUCAAUGUGCUUGCCUAUUUAAUGCCGUUUCUUCAAGAAGUUAGUCACCAUGAACUGACAAACAAAAUGUCUCCUUAUAAUUUGGCAAUAGUAUUUUGGCCAUGCAUAAUUCCUCAGACGGAUAGAUCAUUAGACUCACUAGAUGUUAAAAAAUUAUGUGACAUUGUACAAUUGCUGAUUGGAAAUGCUGAUAAUAUAGGUAUAAUACCAGAUUAUAUAAUAAACGAAGUGGGCAAGGAAGAAAACGUGAGAAAGCGAAGAAGUGGAUCUCUAACAAGAAUGUUUAGCGGAUUAAGGAAAAUGGUGGUUAACGGUAAAGGUACCCAUGGGGGUGAUCAACAAACUGAAAGUCACUUGGUGACACCAGACCUCUUAAUAACACCUUCAAUAGAUAGAUCUAGAAACAAGAGACGACGUAUAGACGAAUCGGAAGGACUCUCUGCUAGGAAAAAGCGUGAAGUUCUCGAUAAACUUCCAAAUGCUGCACUGUUGAGCACUCCCUAUACGCCCAGAACCAUCCAAAGGACGCCGGUGUCGCGCAACCCUAAUCCAAAAAGUACAUUUACAUCAUCAAUGGACAACAUCCUUGUUAAUCAAGAAAUAAAGGAGAAGAAAUCUCUAUGGUUCCAUAGGAGCAAAAGCGUAAAGAAUCUUAAGGAUGACACGGAAGAGGAAUUGAAAGAUAAGAUAAGACAUAGCCUAGGACCACGAUCCAUGUUGGAAAGAAGUUGGUCGCAAGUUAGUCAUGUAACUAGCUUUCGAAGGAAAAAACGUAAUUCUUGUUUAGGUUUGACUUCGCAAGCGACUUCAACAAUAGAUGUGCAGACAGAAACCGAAAAAGUUACUAAACCUGAAGAUGAAGAAGCGGCGGAAGAUCCUGUUUAUUUGCGAGUUUCGAAGAAGGAUUACGAGAAAAUUCAAAACAGACUGAGUCAUAUUGAAAGACAAUUAUUAGUAGAACUAGAUAAUGCGCAGUCCCGUCAGGAAGUACUGGAAAAUGAAAACAACUUGAACAGCCAAGCUGAUAAGAAUAUUGAGAAUGUGAUCACUGCUUAUGAACAGACCCUUGAACAAUCAGAGCCCAUGAGUCUGACCACAGAUCAAUUAGCCAGGCGACUGAGCAGAGAACUGAGAAUUAGAUCUAAUAGUGAACAUAAAAUUAUAAGGUCCCCUAGUGCAAGAAAAAUCGGCACAUUACGUAGGCGAUCUCGUGAAUUGGAGAAGAAAAAUCAUAAGAAAGUUGUCAGACAUCAGUCAUUGAAUGAAACCGGUUCAACAAUGAUACCUAGAGUUCAACUAAGAAAAUCUAAGGACGAGAGUUUCUCCGAAAGACCGGCUGAAGUACAUAAGCCUGUAACCAGAUCUUCAUCAUUUCAAACAGUAAUCGGAAGCAAUAAUUCAAGUCAAAUCUCCUGUAACACAUCAGGUAGCUCCGUCAAUAAUUGGGUGUGCGCCGAUACUUAUUUUAAGACACCCGUCAACGAGGCAAAUACACUUUCUGUCAAUGGUCGGGCCUCAGUUGCCAAAUUAAGAAGCCAAAACGCAGGAAUGGUUCUUGCAAAGGCUAGAUUGUUUGACAAUUUGCAAGAUUCAGACUCGUCACUGGGUUUGUCCAAAGGUCAGCCGCAGCGGACGACAGAACAGUCGAAACCCACUGUUAAUAAGAUCGGUGCCCCACGUACUACACAUGAUAACAGAAUGUCGAGCCGUUUAAGAAGUCUUCGACUAGAUGAAAAGAAAAAGAGUACUUCCCCUAGAAGAAGGAAUGUUAAUGUCAGUCAGAGGCAGCGUUUACAGAUGGCUAAACAACAAGUUGAACAAAAAAACAAAGAAAACACAGGGGAUGAAAGAGAAUGCGUCACGCCACUGAGAAUUCCAGGUAAUGUGAAUUCUUCUAAGUCCACACCGAAAAGUAUGCCACACAUAAAAAGGAACAUUAAUGUUCGAUCACCCAAAAGACUUUGUAGGACACCUAUACGUGUUGACAGAAAAACACCACUAAAAGUUUUAUCUAUUUCAGGUAAUGAGAUCUAGUUAUAGGAGUUCAGUUAGACUUUGUAUGUACUUAUGAUACAUACAUCAUUUUAUUUAAAUUUAUAUAUUUUGUAUAUACAAUAAUUUAAUUUUAGCUUUGAGACGAUUUAUAUAUUUUUUAAUUUUUGAAUUGUUUCAUUACUUCUUUUCUAAUAAAAUUCCUGUUACACAA